GCCAAUAAAACACGGCUUGUGAUGUCUGCAGAAUUUCUCUGAAAUCAUUGCCCAGAUAAAUGUGCAGCUGUAGGCCUACUCGCUUGGAAACGUCUUUCCUUAGUGGUUACAUAGGCCUAUAAUAAUGCGCUCUUUGUGCCUGGGGCAGUGGGCAGCCGCGGGGGCUCGCAGCGGCCAUACUGCCCGGGCCAGGGAAGAGUGAGCGGCUAAGCGGAGGAUGAUGCUGAGGCCUGGCCGUCCCGCAGCAUCAUGUCCUCUUUAACCCGGGGCUAAGGGUAGGCCCGGUGAUGGCGGCACCCAUCGCACAUUUCGACGACGACUGGCCGAAUGGGGGCGAGCUGAGCCUGCUGUCUGGGCCCGCUGUGCCGCAGAAAGGCCACGGCGCUCUCACCGCCGAUGUGGAGCUGCUCCAGGAGGAUGAGCUGCGGGACUGUAGCCUCUCCCCGGGGGAAUGUGGGACGUUCAAGUCCAUGGAGGACCUGGUGAAGGAUUUUGAUGAGAAGUUAACCGUGUGCUUCCAAAAUUAUAACGCGAGAACAGAGAGCAUCGCCCCCGUGAAUGUGCUGAGAGAGGACGCGCUGCUGGAGAGGGACGAGAUUUGGACGGCUUUAACUCACAGCUACAGCCAGGUCAUGCCUGUGGAUUGGAAACAGUCUGUGGCCUGCUCGCUACACACACCAGCAUUUAACCAUGAGGACAAAACGAGACAGCGUGAUAUCCAAGUGGAGGUAUCAGACGACGAGGAGCUGAGGGAGCAACUGGACAUGCACUCGAUGAUCAUCACCAGCCUCACAGACGAGCCCCUGCAAACAGCCGACCAGGUCAUUGAAGAGAUAGAGGAGAUGAUGCAGGGAUCUCCGGACACCGCUCACUACCCCUCAAAGUCCGACCUCUCCAUGCUCUCUAUGGACGUGCAGCGCUUCACCAGCCCCCAUUACGAGGAGAGAAUAAGGACCAUGACAGUAGCAGAACUGAACGUGAACCUGGAGGAGACAGAGGGUGCUAUUCGUGGACUCUCUGAGGAGCUGGUGCUGCAGUUGGCGCUCAGGGAUGAAUUGGACUUUGAGAAAGAAGUGAAGAACAGUUUUAUCUCUGCUCUUAUCGACAUCCAGAACAGACAGAAGGAGCAUCGCGAGAUGAUCAAGAGGAAGAAGAAACUCAAAGGCGCAGCUGGGACGUCACAGGGGGCGCGUUUCAGCAUGGAAGGACUUUCUUCUGUCAUUCAAAACAGCUUUCGGCAAACAUUCAGGGGCGGGUGUUCUGAAAAACAGUACUUGACCACAGUAAUACCUUAUGCAAAAACAGGACACCCUCCAUCAACUGAAGACUUGCAAGUGCUCACCAAAAUACUCCUUGCCAUGAGAGACGACAGCGACAAGGUUCCCAGUCUCUUAACAGAUUAUAUUCUCAAAGUGCUUUGCCCGACAUAGACCAGAGCAACACUGCCAACACUCUGAAGGCCUGAAAAGUCAACGGCGAUGAAGAGGAUCCAUUGUAUAUUUUUAAGUUAAGAGUUGUAUUUAUUUAUUUUUUGCAUGCUUUGAAGUACAUGGUUGUUUAUGUCUGUUUACUGUCAUCAUGACUUUUCCUUUUGUAUUUGUCAACAUUUUCAAAGUCAGUGUGUUUUAUCUUUGCUGUGAAUUUUAUGUAAACAUGAAUGAUACAACAAAAGUGUUUCUUUCAGAUUCAGUUAAAAUCAAUACAAGUAAAUAUACUUGAAGUAAUUUGAUAAUUAUCUGAGCAAAUGUAAAACUUCAGCUGUUGGCACGGAGCUCUUAGCUCAGACAGUACAACAUGAUGCAGUAUUAAAAACAAGAAUGUAACAAAACACUUAAAUAUUAUAGAUAUAAAUUACUUCUCGGUGGGAAUGUAGCAAUAUUAAAAAAUAUAUUAAAUAAUGAUGAACACAAAAUUUGAUUGCAGAUUUGAAGAUCUUUUAAUUUUACAUUGUAUUUUUGUUCAAAUUCAACAGCACAUUGCGCCAUUGUUGUCUGAAAGCAAAAUUUAUUGGUAUAAGAAUGUUGUGUGGCCUAAAAAUGUGAAUUAACUAACUAUGCAUCUGACUGAAUUGUAAACGUGACCUGUGCACUGUCUGUGUUGUCAUGGCAAUGACACUGAAUCAGAGAAACAUAGAGCAGCUUUAGAUCAACUUCUGCUGUUACAACAAUGUAAUGUUGUGAUUACAAACUGCCUUGGUCUCUUUUAAACUUUUUUUUUUUUUUUACCUUGUAAUAAAUGACAUGUUUUCAAUGAAUGUCUUAAACAGU